UCCCGCCGCCCGUGGGUGAGUCACGCCGGGCGGGGGCUGCCGGCGCGGCGCGGCGCGGAGCGGCUGAGGCCGGGCAGUGCCGAGCCAUGGUCCCCACGCUCGUCCUCCUCCGGCUGCUGGGGCUGCUGCUGCUGCUCGGCCACGGCAUCUCUAGUGGGCCAGAGGAGGAGCUGGUCCAUGUUGAGCAGUAUGAGAUGGUGAUGCCACGCAGGGUGCUGGAGCCCCGGGGGAAGAGGGACCUCUCUGCAUCACCUAGCACCUACCUGGACCAUGUCCUCUACAGCAUCCAAGCUGAAGGCAGGGACUACCUUCUGCACCUAGAGAAGAACAAGGAGCUGCUGGGACAGCAUUACACUGAGACACACUACUUGGCUGAUGGCACAGAGAUCACAGAGAAGCCAGAUGUCCAGGAUCACUGCUUUUACCAAGGCCACGUUGUGGGGUACACAGACUCUGCAGCAAGCAUCAGCACCUGUGGUGGGCUCAGUGGCUUUUUCCAAGUGAAUGAGACCACCUUCCUGCUGAAGCCUCUGGAGGAGGACGAGGCCGGCUGGCAUGCGGUGUACAGAGCUGCCCACCUCAGGACAAAGCGCAGCGCGUGCCAAGAGGCCGGUGCCACCCUGGAGUAUGACCACGACCUUAAAAUUGCUGCACCCAUGAAGCUCUAUCGCUGGAAAUCAGCCCAGUUACACAAAGGGCCCCGAUACGUGGAGCUUGUCCUGGUUGUGGACAAUGAAGAGUUCAGAAAAUACAAGGACUUGCGCAGGGUGCAGAACCGCAUGAAGGAAAUUGUGAACCAUGUUGACAAGCUUUACCAGCCUCUGGGCCUGCGUGUGGCCUUGAUUGGCUUGGAGGUGUGGAGCAACAGGGAUAAAAUCACCGUCAGUCGCAAUGCAGAGGUGACACUGGAGAACUUCCUCCGCUGGCGGGAGACGGAGCUGCUGAAGAGGAAGCAGCACGACAAUGCCCAGCUGAUCACUGGUGUAGACUUCCAUGACACGACCGUAGGGCUGGCAAAGAAGCUUGCGAUGUGCACCAGGGACUCAGGCGGUGUCAAUCAGGACCACAGCAUGGAUCCUAUUGGUGCUGCAUCCACCAUGGCUCAUGAGAUGGGACACAACCUAGGGAUGUCUCAUGAUGAAGAUAUUGCUGGCUGCCACUGUCCUGUCAUCAAAGAUCAAGGAGGAUGUGUUAUGGCAGCGAAGAUCAGCCUGACUUAUCCCAGGCUCUUCAGCAGCUGCAGUGAGCAGGACAUGUGGCAGUUCCUCAAGGACCCCAGGACCAGCUGCCUGCUGAAUGUCCCCCGGGCGGAUGAGCUGUACGGGGAGCCAGUGUGUGGGAACCGGUUUGUAGAGCGGGGAGAGCAGUGCGACUGCGGAAGGCCAGAGCCACCUUGGACUCUGCUGUCUCAAAACCAAGCCAUUUUUGGCUGUGUCUCACAGGAGUGCUUUGAUCGCUGCUGCAACGCCACCACCUGCCAGCUGAGAGAGGGGGCCAAGUGCGCACAAGGUGACUGCUGCCAGGACUGCAAGGUGAAGGCUGCCGGCACAAUAUGCCGGGCCAGCAAGAAUGACUGUGACCUUCCCGAGCACUGCACUGGCCUCAGCCCCGAGUGCCCGGAGGAUGUCUUCCAGGAAAACGGCAUCCCCUGCCAGAGUGGCAAUGGCUACUGCUACAACGGGGCCUGCCCCUCGCAUGCUGAGCAGUGCCGUGUGCUCUGGGGCGCAGCAGCCCGAGUAGCUCCCGAUGAAUGCUUUAAGCAGAACAGCAGGCAAGACCUCAAACUCCACUGCCUGACUGAGUCUGGGAAGAGGCCCUGCAGCCCCAAGGAUGUGAAGUGCGGCACACUGCUGUGCACGAGUGACACCACCAGUCCUGUCCUUGGCAGCGGCUUCUUCACUCUCUCCUUUGGCCAGUUCAAGUGCAAAGCAGCCCUCGACAGCAACGAUGGCAACGAGUUGGUGGCUAACCUCAGGCUGGUGCCCACUGGCACCAAGUGUGGGGAGGAGAUGGUCUGCUACGCUGGGCGCUGCCAGAACCUUCUGGUCUAUGGCAAGAAGAACUGCUCAGCAAAGUGUAACAGCCACGGGGUGUGCAAUCACAAGCGGGAGUGCCACUGUGAGCCAGGGUGGGCACCACCAUACUGCCAGCACAAGGUUUUGGAGCUCACACCAGGGGGCAGCAGCAUGGUCCUGGCUGCUGUGCUGUCCGUGCUGGCACUCUCCAGCAUCCUGCUCGGCGGAGGUGUUGUUCUGCUCAGAGGCAGAGGGAAGAGGUACUUCCAGAAGGGGACCUCCAGCAGAACCACCACUGGCCUCACCAACCCGGUCUUUCAGGAGGGGAGCCGGCUGCAGCCUCCCGGCAGCCAGCUGUCCCACCGUGACAUCAGCAGCCCCAAUCUGCUCAGCACCACAGCGGCCCCACGCAGCACCCGGCCCCUGGUGCCCAGCCGCCCGGUCCCGCAGGUCCCUUCCCAGCAGCCAGAAGGACUCAAGUCUCUCCUCUCCUGUCCCCAGGAGAGGCCAAAGCCACCCAGGAAGCCUCUGCCAGCCCUAAAGAGGAAGGAGCCCUGCGGUGUGGUGGCAGGAGCACCGUCACCAUCACCACCAGUGCCUCCUACUAAGCCUCUGACCCUCUCGUCUCAGCCAUGUACAUCCCUGGUCCUGCCCCAGCUGGACAUCCCCCCCAAGGUGGCCCCGAAGCCGACAGCAGCCAGAAGGUGACCUGGGACAUGUCCGUCACUGCGACAGAGGAGGUGUGGGUGCUGGCACUUUGGCAGGAUGGCUGAGGGCCGCUGUGUCUUGUGUCACCGGUACUUGAAUCGCUUGCUGGACCUCCCCGGACAGCAUCCAUGUUUACAGAUAUUCGAGUUGUGCCUUAACAGACUUUGUAGCUUUAUGAAUUGCCCAGACAGCCAUGAGCUGGGGGCUCAGUGUCAGAGGGAGACCAGCAGCAGGGACAAUGCUGACACCACUGUCCCCCCAGGAACCCCCCCCCCCAAACAAUGCCUGUUUUUCUCCCCCAAGCCCCUCUUGGUGCCGCUGAUGGGACAGCUCUGAUUUGGAGGCCAGCCUGGGUUGUUACGGGCUGUCCUGUGCUCUGGGUGCUGCUGCCUUCUCCCUACACGUAGUGAAUGUGUCGUUCCUCACAUACCAUCCCUGUUGAGGCCACGGUAAGGAGCUCUUGGCCCUAAACACACUGGGGUGGCACAAUGGGGAUGCUGUGUAGAGCUGACACUGUAGCCAGGGACAGCCGCACCACACAUCUUGCCAGGGGCUCUGGCAGGUCCGAGCCAGGCUUGGCUUCACUGUGGUGUCCCUCCCCACCAGGUUUUUAGCUCUGAAGUUACCACUCAAGCUACUGAUCUCUUGAAAUAAGAUUUCCCCUGUGCGUUUUUACUGUGGCUGUUAAUUUAAGAUGAUUACAUGAUCGUUUUGAGCCAUUUGUUGUGAAAUUGAUCCUCCCCCUUUUUUUUACAUCAUUUAGGCUGAGGGCUUUUAUACAAAUAAAGACUGAAGACAGUG